AGCGGAAGUCCCUCCACGCCUUCGGGGAUCGUAUGUAUGCAAAGAGAAAUUUGUCGGAAGUUGCCAUCUUUGUCUGACAUUGAACCCAAUCAAUUCGUGUACGCCUUUCUGUCGCUAUCUGGCGGCCUCCCUUCACUGUCGGAGGGCGGGGUGGAACAUUUCGGAAGGCAGUUCCGUCCCUCUCGCGCCUUGUGCUUCACUCUUGAGUUGUGUGUAGCUUUGGGACGUGUAUUGUAGGAAACACCCUAGAGUGCAACGUGAACCUAGACUGUACUAACGGUCCCUACUGGAAUAUUUCUUUCCGCCUAACAACGAUACUUUCGAACGCCUAACUCAAAGCCAUUUCUUCAUGUCCUCAGCAGUGACCGUAACCCCUCCACCGCGCCAAGGCUCUCUCGAUGAUUCUAUGCUCCCCUAUAGAUCCCGUGGUGAACCAUUCACGGCUUCACGAUCCUCGUCCUCGAGUAAACUAAAGUCUCGGACACCGACCCCAAGCGACCAGUUCCCUUUUGCUUCCCCAGCCAGCUCAUCGACGCCGCCCAGGACAUCGUCCAGGUGUAAAGCAUCAAAGUCCAAGUCCCGUCUUGAGCCUUUGAUUGCGGGCACUUCAUCACCGAAACGGCCCCCUCCAAGAGCGUUCCUGACGCCAUAUAGCGUUUCGAGUGAUAGAGAAGGCGGGGGUUCAUCCCCCUAUUCAUCGUCAACUGAUACACCUGGUGCCCAUUUAUUACCGCCGUCUCCACAAUUGCCAUACUUCGACAAGUAUCCAAAACGUUCGGAGCGAUUGAAAGCUAACCGUAUCUCGAGAGAUGAUUUAGAUGAUUAUAGAUCCCCUUCCAGUCGAUUAGCUGCCUCCCUGCGGAAUGGCCGUCCAGGCUCUGCCUCUGGCAGACAGACAGUGCACUCGCCAGCUCCAUCAAUAACGAAAAGUCGGUCAUCAAAAGAUCCAGAUUCCAGCGACAGGGAUGACGAAGAACGCCAGGAAAUUUACCCUUUUCCUUCCAAAGUUUCUCCGGUUAUUCGUUCUCGACGCCAAUUUCCUCCCUCGUCCAAAGCCUUGCAUUCCAUUCAGCCCACUUCUACUUCCUCGUCACCAUCGACAUCCCCCUCCUCGUCUCCACUGCGCCGUCCCGAUAAGCAGCUACCCAGUCGCAAUGCAAGCUCGUAUCAUGAUCGUCCCAAGAUUCCUCCUUUCGCCUCUUCCCUCUACACUUCAAAUGAUUCAUCAUUGAAUGAUGGUCCGUUGGUCAUUUCCCCAGGAUUUGAUGUCACGGAAAUGGACGCAUUAGUUGAUCAAAUGAAUGGGCAUCGCAAAACCUCUUUGGAGCUCCCACAAUUACCCUCGAGUCCAUGGGAUAAUGUCAUCACGAAUCCUGGUAAGUCUGGGGGACCUCGCUAUCAUCCUCUCUACCACCCGCCGUUGCCCGACCCUCCAGGAGGUGUGGCGCUAGGCCAUCUUAGGCCAUCCUCCCGCAGUCGACCUUCGGCGAUAGAUCCUUCGAUGUCAUCAAGAAACACAAGAUCGACAGCUGUUACGUCAAGCAGACCUCCAACCGUAGUCCCUACUUCUUCGCCGCCCUCUCUGUCUCGCUCCAGUGGUAAUUCUGAUCAAUCUUCUCUCAAUACAUGUACAGAGCAGGUUGGCACAGAUGAUGUUACACUCGUCAACGAUUUGAGCAGGACACUCCGAACUGUUCCCAAACUUGAUAAUCCUCCACCACCUACUAAAACUGUCAUCCCUUCCAUUACUGAUAUCAUACGUGCUCAUGCACCCGAACACCUCAGCAAGAACCGGUCAAUACCACCACGUCCGCUCAAUAUGGUUCCGGAUGUAGAAGAAGAGUCGGAACCGACAGAUUCUCGUUCAUCAGUUGAUUCUGUGGCGGAAGAGACACUUAGAGCAACCUCGGUUCUAACGAAACAGUCACCUAAUCAUACUGCAACCUUCUCGCAUAAUCAAAUGACCGCGCCAUCCCGAACUUCCACUUCUACGACUCCCCGUUCUCCUGUCAGCCCUUCAAUUCCAUCUCCUUGUACCUUUACGGCUCCUACUCCCUCUAAUGCUUCCGAAACUUCUUUUGACUCCCCAACAACGAGCACAUAUCCUUCUAUGCAGCCUUCGAGGCCUUCAAGUCCUACCCGUGAACUGGCGCAGUAUCUCCGCUCCCCCCGUCUAACACGGUUAAUGCCUCUACGUCGGCCCGCCAACGCCGGAGUGACUGUAUCAUUUGCUGACGUUGGUUCACCAAUUGGGCAUCCACUCAUUCUGUUUCUUGGACUCGGUUGUGUGCGGUAUAUCGUUGGUCUGUAUGAUGAAAUGGCCGAGGCACUAAAUCUCCGCUUGGUGUGCAUCGAUCGGUGGGGCCUUGGUAGGACAACAGAGGUACCAACAGAACGAAGGGGCAUGCUCGAAUGGGCAAGUGUGGUGGAGGAAGUGGCUGACCAAUUAGGGUUGGAGAAGUUCAGUAUCGUAGCGCAUAGUGCAGGCGCCCCUUAUGCGCUUGCGAGUGCUCUUAGGCUCGAGACUAGGGUGCACGGGAGCGUGCAUUUAUUAGCACCAUGGGUGAACGCAUCCGUUGAUGGAGGCUACAAGUGGCUUAAGUACAUCCCAACUAGUCUCAUCAAGACUGCGCAGACGGCGGAAUGGAAGAUGCAAGCAUGGAAGCUUGGAAAGCCGCCAUCUAUUGCUUAUGAAGGGAUAGGAUUCGAUGUGAGAGCCGCGAACGCUGAGACCAUCUCGAUUUCUGCACAAUCCACAACUACUUCCUGGGCUUCGCCUGCGAAUGAGUCCGAUCAUUCACGACCCAGUAUCAAUUCGAGUGAGUAUGAUGACUUGGCGGAUUUCAAUGGGCAAUUCGGCGGUCAUGAUGGUGUGGGGAAGACUGGCAAUCACCACCUCACAAAGAAGUCGUCGAAGAGCAGCUUCCUUGGAUUGUUCGAAACCAAGCCCAAGCCCAAGCGUCAGCCGGGUUUGGCACGCCCACAGACUUCCCGUACCGAGUCGUUGCCUUCUCUCGAUGUGUCUCGUGCUCCCGGACCUGAGAGAUCGCUCCGGAGUUCCAAGUCAAAAUCUUCGUUGAAGAGUGCGAAGGGGACAUCGAUAUUAUCAAAGGCCGAGCUUCCACUGCCUGCUAUCCCACUACAGGAGUAUUCUCCUGUCCACUUGGAGUUUGACAUUUCAGCCUUUGAAGCAGUGGAAGAGAAUUCCGGUACGGUGCGGUCCAAGAAGACUUCUGUCCCUACACUGGAGAGUGUGUCGACAAUGGAUCGAGCAAGUGGAAAACGUUCGCUUUCGCUUUCGCCUGGUCCGGCGCCGUCGAGAACGAGAGAUGGUAGGAUUCCUCCCCUUCCUCCUUUACCAACCUUUGCCAUGAUCAAGGAUAAUGGACCACCGUCGCCAUCUUUCAGCACCAUGUCGACACCUGCACCUCAAACUCGUCACCCAAACUUUUCGACACGGAGUAUCCCUUCUGGCUCGACUACAUCGAGCGCUGGUUUCAGCAUCGUGACAGCGUCGAAGGGUAACACUAAAUCUAGUGGUCCAAGCCUUGCUUCUGCCCUUCUAAGUGCAUCCCAUGCUGAGGCGCUCAAAGGCGGCUCAGCGGACUUGAUGGCUAUCCUCGAGCGAGAUUCGAGACCCUGGGGUUUCUCCUACACUGACGUGAAGCAACCAGUCAAGGUUUGGUACGGUGAUCGUGAUGAUCGCAUUGGCAUUGGGAGUGUCAGGUGGAUGGAGAGGACGAUGAAGGAUUGUACACUCAAGGUUCUUGAAGGAGAGGGUCAUGGGCUGUUGACAAACGCGGAUGUAGUUGUGGAAGUGUUGGAAAGUGUUGCGAAAGAAUGGUGUCGGUGACAAUUCCCCCUUGUUCACUCUUCGCAAGUAUCGGCUGCCCCUUUUACCUCAUCAAUUCUUUGAUUGCCUUUAGGUCCUUUGCAUUAAUUCUACCUGUUUAUCCUGAUUACUAUCGCCUUAGUAUUCCUCCAUCCCUCUUUACACUUGCAUACCUAUGCAUUUCAUACCACGGUUUGACUCAUUCGUUUUUCUUUGUCGCCUUACAGUCUGGCGUUGUCACAAUGUAAUCUGAAGUGACUGAAUUUGACAAGCUGACAUCAUCUCGUG